UUGGCCCCUUAAACGCACUUCUAAAUUCAUGCCUGUUCACCAAUAUAAUUGAAAUAAUUUAGCAAAAAUAUAGUAAAUCUUUUGUUUUGAGAAAUUUUUCUUUAGCAUUGUUAACAUGUGAUUAGAAAAUAAUUAUAAAAUGGCGACAAUAUUUAGUGUUUUGUGUUCUACUAAAUACGAGCUAUGGACGACAUCUCUUUUUAUUUUACUUUAUACAAGAAGAUGGUGGAACAUGUCAAGAGACCGAUGGAAUCCAAGGCAGAUUCAGUCUUCGCCACAUUGAAGAGAACAGAGCUGAUACAGAAGUUGUAUUUCGAAAUAUUCCAUCUUGUUAACAUGGCUCACGAAAUACCAAAGAAAUAUAGUUACAUGGAGGAAUUCCGAGAGAUGCUAACACAAGUUGACCUGGAUGAGCUCCUGCGCCACGAGCAGUGGAUCAAAGACAACGAGAGGCAGAGGAAGUUAAACAUGAAGUUUGAAAAGAAGAGAAUGCAGCAGAUGAGAGAGCUGUUUCUAAAGGCGAAGAUCAAGUCAUAUUCUCCUGUGCAGCAGAAGAAGUAUAAUAAAUGGUGGCCCAUUGACUAUGGAUGGGAAAUUGAUUAUUACUGGUGAAUUUUGGUUUUAAUAAAGUUAUUAUGUAUAGUGC